AUGCACAGCAACUGGAGUCAUCACAAUGCAUACGAUGAACCAUCCGUCUCCUCAUCUGGCUCCUCUUCCUCUUCUGUAGCAGCUAAUCUGAGUUCUAGUUAUAAUUCUGAUUCAAGGAAUUGCAUGGGAGGAGGAGGAGGAAAUGGUCAGUAUGGUGGAGGACUUGGUGGUUAUGGGGACUAUUCCCCUCAUAUGGAACCAAUUAAUAUGUAA